AGUGUUCGUUUAUUUGUAUUUUUGCAUAUUACGUAAACGGCAUUCAGACACUUUCAAAAUGGUUGACGAAGAUGAAAAGACAAAAGUCUUACGAAAGGCUUUCCAGAUGUUCGACCAAACAAAAUCCGGAUUUAUCGAAACCCACAAAAUUGCGACCAUCUUAAAUACCAUUGGUCAGCUUUUCGAUGAAAGUGAACUUAACAGUCUGAUAUCCAGAAACGAUCCAGACAAGUCUGGAAAAGUGGAUUUUGACAGUUUCUGCGAAAUUGCUUCGCAUUUCUUGGAGGAGGAUGAUGAUGAUCCAACACAAGAACUCAAAGAAGCCUUUAGGUUAUAUGAUAGAGAGGGUAACGGUUACAUAACAACAGGAACUCUAAAAGAAAUAUUGGCUGCCCUUGAUGACAACCUUAACAGCAGAGACCUUGAUGGCAUCAUUGCAGAAAUUGAUACAGAUGGCUCUGGAACAGUUGACUUUGAUGAAUUUAUGGAGAUGAUGACUGGAGACUAGGUUUAAAACAAAUACAAAUAUUAAAUAAAUUACAAUAAAUUUUAAAUAAAAAUUAAAUACAAA